AUGUCUUUACAAAGCAUUGGGAUGUUCAUCUGCUUUAUAAUCUGCGUCUGUACUCAGUUCACCCCUGGAUAUCUCGAAGGUAGUUCUGGAAAUACCGAACAGAAGUGGAGACCAAACAGUUACCAUGAAAGAUUUGACUUCAUUGACGACCAAGUUCGUCAACUUUUGCAGCUUCUUCGAAACGGAAACGAAAAAGAACAAGAAAGUUUACUUCUCUUGGAGAAAGCGGCCAACAAUUUGGAGGCAGUACAGAAAAGGACGAAAGUAAUCAUCCUGAAGGAGAGACUGAGUUCUCUGGCGAAUGAUGUCGCUGCUCUACGGUCCAGUGUAGAGUCGGGAAGGAGGCUGACAGGGUCUGUUUUUACACGAUGGGGAAACUCCACAUGUCCACCGACAUCAGAAAGAGUUUACUGGGGAUACGCUGGUGGACCGCUCUGGACUCACACAGGGUCAGGAUCGAACCUCUUGUGUCUGCCUUCGAACCCUGUGUACGAUGACCUGCAGCGAACCUCAUGCGGCCCGUCCACUGUAUACGGGGUGGAGUACCAUGUGUGUCCUGACCCUAAACAUUUCUCGGAUGCCGUUUGUGCAGUGUGCAGGUCAGAACAUGCGACCACCAUCAUGAUACCGGCUACCAAUGUCUGUCCGCCUACGUGGACGAAGGAGUACACAGGUCACGUGAUGGCAGGGUACGGGGACUACAAGGCAUCCUCCGACUACGUCUGCAUCGACGACAGUAUGGAGGUGCGAGCAGGGGGAGGACAGGGGCUUGACAGUCAGCGCCUCUAUUACACGAUAUCCAUGUGCGGUAGUCUGCCCUGCCCACCAUACCAGAACGAGAAGAUUCUCACCUGUGUCGUCUGCUCCAAAUAGCUCGGCCUCAUGACCGACAUCAAUGCUUCAAACGGAAUGAGAAAAUGGAAUUCAUUGAACGCUUUACACAGUAGUUAUGAAGAGCAAGGAAAAAAAGAAAAAUGAAAACUGGUAUUCAGCUUGUCUGGAUUCUGAAUUCUCCCUUAUUUCACGUAUUUGAAAGUAUUUUUCUUGCAUAAGGUUAUAAGUGAAGUAAGAUUGUAGUGUCAUCCUCUCACUGGAUUUUCUAAGUGACUGAUGAUCCUAUCUAUCCAUAUGUAAUCACUUAAUAUCAAGUGUGACGAGAGUCAUAUAUAUAUAUUACUAUGGUACAAAAUGUGUGGAAGAUUAAAAAAAAUGUUUUGUACUGAACUUCAACAGUCAUUUAAAAAUUAAAGAAAUACACCUCACUAGA